UUCAGGAGUUCAUAUGUUGGCAACAUCUCCCUUUUCCGUGAAAUGGAAGAGAAGCUUCAGCAGGGUGACAAUGUCAUUUUGUUCUCCAAUCAUCAAACUGAAGCAGAUCCAGCUGUUAUUGCAUUGCUGCUUGAAGCAAAAAAUCCACACAUUGCUGAGAACAUGAUCUAUGUGGCUGGAGAUAGAAUUAUAACAGAUCCUCUUUGCAAGCCUUUCAGCAUGGGACGGUGCUCAUAAAGUUUCUUGAUCUUCUGUACAAAUGCAUGUAUCCUAUAAUUCCCUAUUUCUUCUUAAUAAAGUUUUCGUGAGUCCAACUUCUUACAAUCUUAGGAAUCUCUUAUGCGUUUAUUCAAAAAAUCACAUGUAUGAUGUUCCGGAGCUUGCUGAGAUGAAAAAAAGGGCAAAUAUGAGAAGUUUAAAGGAGAUGGUUAUGCUUUUGAGGGGUGGAUCGAAAAUAAUAAGGAUUGCACCAAGUGGUGGAAGGGAUCGCCCAGACACCGUCACAAAGGAUUUGUAUCCGGCACCCUUUGAUGCUUCUUCAUUGGACAACAUGAGAAGGAUUAUGGAAAAUGCUGGUGUACCUGGUCAUAUAUAUCCUUUAGCAAUAUUGUGCUAUGACAUUAUGCCCCCUCCACCCCAGGUUGAGAAAGAAAUUGGAGAAAAAAGACUGAUCUCCUUUCAUGGGGUUGGAUUAUCAGUGGCACAGAAAAUCAGUUUCCAUGAAAUUGCUGCUGCUUGUGGAGAUGCUGAAGAGACUGGGAAGAAGGUUGCUGGACACAUAUAAGGAGUCAUAGAGAAUGAAAAAAAAAAAAGCAAUUAAUUUGACAAGUGAUUAUGGAACAGGCUAAGGUGGUGUACUCACAGGCCCUGUUUGAUUCUGUCAACCAACAAUACAAUGUGCUAAAAUCUGCCAUACAUGACAAACAAGUUUUAGUAGCAGCUACUCCAACUAUCUCGUUGUCGCAGCCGUGGCAAUGCUGAACUUCUUGUACCUUUUCCAUGCCAUCCUGCUUUAAAAUCAGGUAAUUUUUGAUAGAGAUUAUAAAUUACCUAUGCUUAGUUUGACCUUGUAAUACUUCAAAACCUGCACAACCUCCUAUGUUUUUGGACCCAACUGAAAUUGUGAGAAAUUCAGUUAAAAUUAACAGUCAAAGCUCAAAAUUCAAUUUUUAAAUCGAAUAAUAUGUCACAAUGACUGCUAUGCCCUUGCACAUAUCAUGUUUCUUUCUUGCUUUCCCCUCUCCAAAAAAAAUCAAUCUCU